AUGGAUACAUUGUUUUCGGUGGACGAUCUUGCCGAGUCCGAAGCGCAGUCAUUCUGUCAUUCCAAUAAUCAGCAUUCAACCGGAUCUACCAGCCUUUUGUCAACGGUUGCUCAAAACAUCCCCAUCUCAUCGGGUCUUUGUAACGGUGUUGAAAUGCUCUUCAAUCCCAGCAUCUGGUUUCCAGGGUCUACAGUGCAGGCGAGCUCUUCGGAAGAGUUGUUAUUCAACACAGAUGAAAAGGCAGGCCGUAUCCUUUGGACUAAUUGUGUCUCGGCGUGGAUCGAAGAAUUUGAUAUUGACGGGGAUUAUCUACGUCACAUCGAAGCUCCCCUCAUGUGA